AAUCCCCAUCAAAGGACAACCUCGUCUGGCAGUAGAAGCAGAUACAUUUUUCCUCGUCGACAAGCGUUCCACACUUGGUCGAGCUCGCCGUCGCACACCGUCCACCGUUGUCUGUCCUGCGUGGUUGUUCCGCAGCAAGUAUUGAGGAAGGUUCGAACCGGUCUUUGUCUUCGCCCAAAAUCCGAAUCUUGAGUUUAAACCAUUUCCUGCGGUGGUCUGUGAAUUUAGAAGCUAUUGAAUUGGCAGAUGCCCCCACUGAAUGUAAUAUUCUGGAAAGGGAUUUUGGAAUGGCUGCAAUCUACAGCCUUUACAUCAUCAAUAAGUCUGGUGGAUUGAUCUAUUAUAAGGAUUAUGGUUCUGCUGGAAGAAUGGAUACCAAUGACAGUUUAAGAGUGGCAAGUUUAUGGCAUUCAAUGCAUGCCAUCUCUCAACAGUUAUCACCGGUUUCAGGUUGUUCAGGGAUUGAACUUCUGCAAGCUGAUACAUUCGAUCUUCAUUGCUUCCAGUCACUUACAGGGACAAAAUUUUUUGUGGUCUGUGAGCCUGGAACCCAACACAUGGAAAGUUUACUGAAAUUCAUAUAUGAGCUGUACACUGAUUAUGUUCUGAAGAAUCCAUUCUAUGAGAUGGAGAUGCCCAUACGUUGUGAGCUCUUCGAUAUCAACUUAACACAGGCAGUGCAAAAGGAUCGGGUUGCAUUGUUGGGCCGAUAAAUUGCCUUCCCCACCCAACCUUUUCUCAAGUUUUCUGGUGCAUGCAGGUUCUGAGGAUUGUCACUUAGCAACUUGUACAAUAUUUUCUCUUGUACUGUUCGAAGAUUAGGUGCUUGCUUUUUAUCAGAAAAAAUCCCCAGGAGAAUCCUCAUUUCCUGACUAAACUCUUUUUUCCCCCUGGACUUAAAGAUAUGCAAAGUUCCCACAGUCCUACAGAGAAUAUAUUGCAGUUGGUUUGACUAA